AUGGAGAGGUAUGAAGUGUUGAAGGACCUUGGGUCUGGGAACUUCGGAGUGGCCAAGCUGGUCAGAGAUAAAUGGACCAAGGAGCUCUUCGCCGUCAAGUUCAUAGAGAGGGGCCAGAAGGUCUGAGCGAGAGAUCCUGCUUUCUCUGCCCAUCUUCGUUUUCCUUCCUUCCCUCUCGUGGGUUAAAUUAUGACUUCUGUGUUAUCUGGAUUCGCUCCCCGGGCUCAUCCUGCUCUUCUUCCUCCUGGUGUCUGGUUAUUAGCAGAUCGACGAGCACGUGCACAGAGAGAUCAUGAACCACAGAUCGCUGAAACAUCCACACAUAGUCAGAUUCAAGGAGGUGCCUCUCGUUGUUCUUCCUUUAUUCCUCGCUAUAUUUUCCGCACACAUAUAUUAUCGGGUAUUUUCACCAGGCCGAUUUUUUUUUUUUCGGAUCUUCGUGUUGAUGCUAGCAAGAUGUGGAUUCACUGGGUCGUAUCUCCGUCUCGAUCGAAAUUGAACGACAAUCUUCUCUACAGAUCGUCGAAUAUUAUUCCAAGAGCUGAAUCUCGUUUCCUUUCCAUUGAAGGUAUUGGUGACUCCUACCCAUCUAGCUAUCGUCAUGGAAUAUGCCGCCGGUGGUGAGCUCUUCGACAGGAUAUGCAAUUCUGGGAGGUUCAGCGAGGAUGAGGUAAGAUAAACGGACAUCUCUCUAUAUUUCAGUUUUGAUAGGUUUUAAUACGAUAAUAAUAAUAAUAAUAAUAAUGUUCUUCAUGGAUAUUUUGACAGGCAAGGUUCUUCUUUCAGCAAUUGAUAUCAGGAGUCAGCUACUGUCAUUCCAUGGUAAUUGGACAUCACCGCUGCAUUCUUCUUUUUUUUUUUUUUAAAUCGUGGAAUAACAGGAUAUGGUUCAAACCUAAUCUGGGUUUUCUUUUCUUUCUGAAUUUAGCAAAUUUGUCACAGAGAUCUAAAGCUAGAGAACACACUGCUGGACGGAAGCAUGGCUCCUCGCCUCAAAAUAUGCGAUUUUGGGUAUUCCAAGGUGUGUACUCGAAGCCAAUCCUCGUGAAACCCAGGUGCCAAUUUUCUUCCACUGACAUGCCCUGCCGGCAGUCUUCGGUGUUCCACUCUCAGCCAAAGUCAACGGUUGGCACGCCCGCUUACAUCGCCCCGGAGGUGUUGUCCAGAAAGGAAUAUGACGGAAAGGUGGUGUGGCGGUCUCCAUCUCCUGCUUUUUCUUAUUUACCGGCGAUAUAAGUUUCUGUAUGUGAGAUCCUGAAUUCAUUCCAUCCCCAUUUCCGGGUAGCUCAGAUCGCAGAUGUCUGGUCUUGCGGCGUGACCCUGUACGUGAUGCUCGUCGGAGCUUACCCAUUUGAGGACCCCACCGAUCCGAGGAACUUCAGGAAGACAAUUGGGGUAAGUUUUCACUGUCUUGAAGCUAGAACAGCCCCAUUCUCAGGGUUCAAUUCAUUUCCUGUAAAUCUUGUGUUUUGGAUCUGAUAUCCCGAUUCUUCAAGAAAAGAAAAGAAAAAAAAGGAGAGAUCUUGCAAUGCGGAAGACAUAAGGCAUUGGAUGACGAAAUUUCACUGUCGAUUGACAGAGAAUUCUCAGCGUCCAGUACUCCAUCCCCGAAUUCGUCCGGGUGUCGGCGGAGUGUCGGCACCUGCUGUCGCGCAUAUUCGUCUCCAACCCCGAGAAGGUACCCCCGCUCCACCUGGUUUCCUCGCCGCUGCUGCCCUGCGAUUCCUCAGAGAUGGAGGAUACCUUGGUUCCUUUGCAGAGGAUAACCAUCCCGGAGAUUAAGGAGCACCCGUGGUUCCUGAAGAACCUGCCGAUGGAGCUCUCCGAGGACCCGCCGGAGGACUGCUCCGGCGGCCCUGCGCAGAGCGUGGAGGAGAUUCUGAGCGUGUUACAGGAGGCGAGGAAGGCCCCCGAGGGGCGGGUCGUCGCCGGCGGGGGGGCCUUCGUCGGUGGCGGCAGCAUGGACCUCGAUGACAUAGACGCCGACAGUGAUCUCGACGACCUUGACGCCAGCGGAGACUUUGUGUGCUAUCUGUGA